CAGUAUUUUCAACCAGCAAAUUUGCGCACGUGUUCGUGACACCGCUCGGCGAGAGCUCAAUUCUAUGCUGCGAGAAACGUCAAAGUUGCAGUCACCGAUUCGACGCAUCCAGUUUUAUUUACAUUUUGUGCUUCCACGUAACGCAGGUGCUUUUCAUUCAGAAGGUGUUUUCGAGUAUACUGCCCAUAAACGCAUGUCAGUCCCAUGUUUGCUGGGUUUCCUAUUCACAUGGGACAAUUAUGCGUUUAUGGGCAGUAUAUUAACCAAUAUAAAUCUGGAACAGCUGUACGGUUCGUUAACUACAGGUAAUAUUAAGUUGAAAAUGUUGCGGAAGUAUUGAAUUUUCCGCAGAAACAGUGGUUUUUAAGCGAAAUUAAUUUGAUUCAUAUCUGUGGGAGAAAAUGGCGUUUUCCACAAAUAUGAAUCAAGCAGCGCCAACCGGAAUUACUAUGAAUGUGUAUUCGAAAUUUGUCUCUAAUUGUGCCACUGUUUUAGAAAAAUAAAGCAAAUCCGCAAAAUCCGGAAGCAGUACGAUGGUCAGAUUCUCGAAGAAGCCGUUCGUGAAGCCAAGAAAGUCAAAAACAUCCGGGACACAUCGAAAAAGUACAACAUCCCAUUCACAACACUUUACCGACGACUGAAAAACGAAAAGAGGAAAGAGAGACCUGGCCCGGAUCCGGUUUUGCUGCACGAGGAAGAGGAACGCAUCAAAAACUGGGUGUUUUACAUGGCGAGGGCCGGCUUUCCAGUUUGCCAAAUAGAUGUAACACACACGGUUAAGGACUACGCCGAUAAAAUAAGACGACGCAACGACCGUGAAAUUCCCAAUUCCUUCCCAAGUAAGUAUAAACACGUUUGUUUGACUAUCUCAGGGCUAACAAUUCUAUGUGUUGUAGGCAAAAACUGGAGUCAGCGUUUUAUUGCCAGGCAUCCGGAGAUUCGUCAAAAGUUGGUGAACAAUCUUUCAAAAGCAGGUGCGAAAGUGACAGAACCUCAGUUGCGGAAUUGGUUCUUCGAGGUGGAAGAAUUGCUGCGUCAGGAUGGUAUUGAUACAUCUAUUUUCGAUAAUCCGGAACGUAUUUUGAACUUUGACGAGUCUGGCUUUCAACUCGUACCAAAGCGCUAUAAAGCAUUAUGUUCGGAUGCCGAAAAUACCUAUCUUGUGACCAGCAAUUCGGAAAAAGAUUGCUACACUGCUUUAUUUGGCAGUACGGCGGCUGGAGAUUUGACACCACCGAUGAUUCUGUACCCAGGAAAGCGCAUAAGUAGAGAUAUGGUCGAAAACGUUCCAGAUGGAUGGUCAAUUGGAGUUUCAGACGAAGGAUGGCAAACUUCGAAGACGUUCUACGAGUACAUAGCGAACGAUUUGUACCAGUGGCUGCAGAAGAGAGGAACUGAAUUUCCCGUUUUGAUAUUUGUCGAUGGACACAAGAGUCAUGUGAACAUGGAACUAGUGGAAUUUUGUAUACAAAAAGGAUUGAUCCUUGUCUCCUUGUAUCCAAACUCGACACGCAUCUUGCAACCACUGGACAGAAAUUUUUUCGGUCCUUUGAAGCAAAUUUGGAGCAAGGUACUCAGGCAGAAUUUGUUGAAAAACAGCAAUGCUCGCAUAAACAAGGGAAAUUUUGGUAUUAUGUUGCAUACGGCUGUUCAGAAUUUUACAAAUUCCAAAGAGGGCCUCAAAAAAGCUUUCCAACUUUGUGGGCUUUUCCCGUGGAACGUUGAUGCUAUUGACUUCAGUACACUACCGGCGAAUGCUGAUGUAUCCCAACAAAGCAACGAUACAAUCGUAACUGAGGAACCUCAACAUGACUAUGCGUUACAGCUCCAAUACGUUGAAAUGGGUCUGAAUGAAAAUCAGCUGCUACAGUUUGCUGAAAACCGCAACAAAGAUUACUGGUAUGGUCCGUAUGAGCAACUAGCUUUGUUCAAUUUCUGGAAAACCAUCAAAGAUAAAUCCGAAGGACUUAUGUUUACAACACCUUUGGAGCAGUACACCUUAAUCACCUGCCACUUCACAUUGGAUGAGCCAGUGGAGUCUGUGCCUAUGUCAUCCGAGGCUGCUACUGAAAACAACGCCUCGAUGUGCCCGGAGAGUCAGCCAUCUAGCAGUGACUCAAUGCAACUCAAUGAAAAUGAUCAUGGGCUAGAUGCAAAUAAGGCGUGCAAUGAUGAUCCAUUUGCAGACGUUUUGAUUUGGCCAAAAAUCACCCAUGUAUCUGGAGCCGCUCCAAAAAGGAAGAUUGAGCACAUUCCGUCUGUAGCUACAAGUAGCAAAUGGCUUGAGUGGCACGAUAAGAAGGAUGAUGACAGGAAGAAAAAAGAGGAGGCAAAACUUGCCAGAAUGGAGAAGCGUCGUUUGCUGAAUGAACAAAAACUGCAAAAAAAAUCAGCUGAAUCUGAGAAGAAGGGUAGCAAGUCCGCUCCUCGGGGCUCCCGAAAGAAGAAGGGUCAAUAACUAUAUUUGAAUGAUUUUUUAAACCUUUCCGAAUCCAUCACUGUGUUUCGCUUUGGUUGAUUCACAUUUUGCUGUGAAAUAAUGAAUUUUUUGUUUUGUUUGCUUUAGUUGCUUUCAUUGAUCCAUAAUAUGGGUCACAUUGAUCCAUAACUGUGGUUGCGUAUAUGGCUGAUCCAUAUCUGUGGGUAUGACAUGAAUUUGAAAUCCACCCAAAAUAAAGAUUUUUUAGGGCCCAGAUAGCCGUAGCGGUAAACGCGCAACUAUUCAGCAUGACCAUGC